AUGCCUCGAUGUGGAAUGAUCGUUGCACCCCUGCCUGCGGGCUCCCUUGAAAAAUACUCAUCAGACGCAGAAAGAUUGAGGGGGGGGGGCGGAUGCUGUGGUGGUGGUAAGAAUCGUGGUGCGGAGGGUCAGCGAUCAUCUCCUUUGGAACCACAACCAGAAGUCCAAAUACCACCGCCUAACGCAUCUGAAGCUACAAACAAGGCACCUGAGGCCAACCAGCCGACUAAACCAGCUUCAACGCGUGUACCCCGUUUAUCUGAACCAACACCACCGUCUCACACGGCGCGAGCAAUAAUGGCAUCGACAGUCACAGUCUCAGUGGAGCCAUCACUAAUGCCUCCCAGAGCGGGAGCAGUCAGAACCCACUCUUCUCCUCCAAACCCUCCGAACCUCUCGUCCGUUUCUCGGUCUGCUACUUCUCGACAAAGAUACACGACGCUCCCUUCUAACCUUGUGCCGCCUCAGCAAGGGCCGACCGCGUCGACAGGCCCUCGCCUUGAGGGCCCUAUACAUUAUCCUGGCGGGACUAUUCGAAAUCCGGCUUUCCCUCCAUCUGUUUAUAAUGCUGGUGGGGCGCAAAUAGCUUCUAGUGGAUCCCCUCCUGCACCACCCCCGUUUAUGAAAGACUAA